UCUGUUGUUGGUGAACUAUGUGGUCACUGUGAUGGGGAAUUUAAGCUUAAUUAAUCUGAUUUGUCUGAAUUCUCACCUUCACACCCCCAUGUACUUUUUCCUCUUCAAUGUGUCCUUUAUUGAUCUCUGCCAUUCAUUUGUCAUUACUCCCAAAAUGCUGAUGAGCUAUAUUUCAGAAAGAAAUAUUAUUUCCUUUGCAGAAUGCAUGACUCCGCUAUUUUUCUACUUUUUCUUUGUCAACUCAGAGCACUAUGUGUUGACAGCUAUGACGUAUGAUCACUAUGUGGCCAUCUGCAAGCCCUUGCUCUACACGGUCACCAUGUCCUCUAAGGUCUGUUCCCUGUUGAUGUUUGGUUCGUAUAUGGUGGGUUUUGCUGGCUCUAUGGUGCACACAAGGUGUAUGAUCAGGUUGAUCUUCUGUGACUCCAACAUCCUCAACCGUUACAUGUGUGACACCUUCCCCUUCCUCCAGCUCUCCUGCAGCAGCACCUAUGAUCUUGUGGUUUCCAUUAUUGUAGGCACAGUUGUCAUAGCAUCUAGCCUCAUUAUCUUUCUCUCUUAUGCUUUGAUUCUUUUCAAUGUCCUUCACAUGUCAUCAUCUAAGGGUUGGUCCAAAGCCUUCAGCACCUGUGGCUCCCACAUAAUAACUGUUGGUCUGUUCUAUGGAUUUCAAAUGCUCACUCAUGUGAAGCCAUCAUCUACUGGGUCUGUGGACCAGGGAAAAUUUUUCUGA